AGUGAGAACUUGAUUUUUUCUAUUUCUUUCAGUCAAUUUUGUUUUGUGGUGGUGUUAGUGUUGUGUAUUGUGUGUUUGAAUUACAAUAUUCUCAUGGAGUGAAAUUGCCGCUAUUAUGUAGAUUUCCUAUAAAAAAAUCGCUGAGGCCGGUAAUUGUGUUGUUUCAAAAUGUCUACUGUUCUUCUCGCCGUCAUUGCGGUAAUACUGUGUGUGCUUUUUCGAAUACUGAACGUGAACAGCCAACCUCAUAAGCCUGUAAUUUAUGGCAGGGAUAGAAAUUUUAUAGAAAAUAUCCUUUUCAUUGCUCCAUUUCUCAAUGAACCAUACAUUCCAACACGAUUAUGGGGUUUCAGUGGCCAUGUACAGACCAUACUUCACAGCCUCAUUGGCCGUGUACGAUGCCCCUGGCCUAUAGGCGGGCGUAUAUCCUUAAUAUUACCUGAUAAAUCAACACUGACCUAUGACUUGUAUGAACCUAUUGGAAGUGAACAUGAAGAUGAUGUGACGGUGGCGAUAUGUCCUGGCAUAGGAAACACGUCGGAGAGCGUAUACAUACGCACCUACGUGCACUACUCCCAGCGACACGGCUACCGAUGCGCCGUGCUCAACCACAUAGGCGCUCUCAACAGUGUGCCGGUUACGGGCGCUAGAAUAUUCUCUUAUGGUCACACAGAUGACUUUAACUAUAUGGUAGAGAACUUAAUGGAGCGAUAUCCUAAUACGAAACUGAUUCUAGUUGGAUUCAGCCUGGGAGGAAAUUUGAUUACGAAAUAUUUAGGCGAGGAGAGGAAAAGAUCCAAGAACAUUAUAGGCGGUAUAUCGAUAUGCCAAGGAUACAAUGCUAUUGAUACAAUGGUUUAUCUUUUGCAAUGGCAGAAUUUCCGUCGUUUCUACCUAUACAUAAUGACGGACAAUUAUCGUAACAUCAUAACGAGACACAAACGGAUGCUUCUGGGCCAAGAAAUGAAGAAUAAGUACUCGUUAGAUGAGAAAAUGAUUGUGUCGGCGGGUACCUUGCCAGAUUUGGACGAGGCAUACUCGAGAAGAGUUCACGGAUUCUCUUCAGUGGCAGAAUUAUAUAAAUGGAGUUCAUCGGCGUUUUACUUAAAGAACAUCAAAACGCCGAUGGUAUUCAUCAACGCUCGCGAUGACCCAAUUGUCCCAGAACCAUUGUUGCCCAUGAUAAGAGAAUUUGUCAGUUCCCAUGACAACGUGAUGUUCUUGGAACUUUCACACGGCGGUCACCUCGGCUUCUACGAAGGAGGGCUGCUGUACGCCAAUCCCGUGACGUGGCUCGACCGAGCUCUCGCGGCACUUGUGGGCGGACUUUUAAUGGCGCACCACAAAUGCGUGCCCAAACCAGCACAGACAGAUGCUACUUCCGAUCUCGGGUUAUCCGACGAUGAACCUGAUCUCAUCAAAUCUUCUACUAUCAUCUAUAGAGAUCCUUUAGAAAAAGUUCCACAGAAGGCAUAAAGUUAAGGUAUUUUUAUAAAGGUUUUUGUAGCAGUUUUGUAGUACCAAACGGAGUGUGGAAAACUACGGCGAUAUUAUUGUGGACUUAUAUGUCCAACGUAUGGUAACUCGUUAAGAACGAGAAAGAUUUCCGCAAAAGUAUUCUUGUUCAACUUUUAAGACAAAUCGUAAUAGGACGUAGUCAACGGAAAGAAUCCAGCCCAUAUUGUGAUAGUUUUAAGUCAUUUUUGGCGAAACAAAUAAAUGUAGCGUAACUUCGCAGUAGUUUUGCAGUUUUUUGUCACACUCUAACCGAGAGCUUCUUUCAAAUGUCACCCGAUUAUGUCCCCUGACAAGGGAUAUAUUUGCAUAAUAUUAUUGUGUAUGUAAUAUAUUUAUUUAUUUACUAUUUAACAUGUCCCCCUGUUAAAGCACGGCGACAAAGAUAAGUUUACCCCAGUAUAUGAUUACACUAUAUUAUUUCUACCAUUACGCCGACGCUCGGAGAGUUAACGAAGCUGUGGGAGAAGAAGUGAUUUUGUCCUUUCCUGGGAAAAAAUUUCUCCAGCCCAUUCUAGCAGUGGUGAGCAUGAUAAACAACGCAUAGGUAUUCAGACUUUUUGUCACAUUUAUUUGUGAGGCCCUGAAAAUUCUAAAAAUAGCUAAAUGUGGAAUGGAUAAUUUUUUUUCAUUGCGUCCAAUUAUAGAAAAUAAAAUUAAACAUGUUCAAUUUAUACCAGUUUAUGUCGUACAAAAUAUAAUUUCAAGUAGCUUUACUAAGCAAUUAUUUUGUUCAAAACCUAAUUUCUGUAUUUGCUUUAUUAACACUGUGUUUAUAUCAUACUCCAAUUGGCCAUGUGUAUUGUUUAAAAUAAAAGUUUCUAAGUUUUUAUUUACCUAAAAUAUUUUGGAAUAAGAACGUACUGUACGUACGAAUUUAAAUGUGCCUAGUUAAUGAAGCAAUACGGUAUAUUAAAUAGAGUUAUAAUGUAAAUACACGUAAGAAUAGGAAGACAUAUGUUAUUUAAAGUCAGCACGUUCCUGGUUUUUAUUUAUUGUUUUAAUUAAAAUGCGUAAACAUAAUAAUAUAAUAUUUCUGGUCUGGAGAUUAAGGUUGUGUGUGGAGCAUGAUAGGUUUUUGAUAUAACAACCGUGAUUACAAUGUUCUGCAAUAGUGCGGGAGCUCAUAACGAGUUUUGAAUCGGUUUUUUUUACUUAGUUACUUGAGUGUGAUGAGGGUGUUUAUCGGCCAGCCAUGAUUGGCUAACCCUUAACUUUUGUCGUAUAAGGUAUUUUAUUCAGGUCUUUCGAAUAUUUAAAAACACUGUUUUGUCUCUGGCAUAUUCUCAGUAAGAAUAAGUAUUUUAUAUUAAUUAUUUGAUUAAAUAUCUACUUCUAAACUCACCAUGUAGAUUUCAGUGGUUCUUAAGUUUUUUUUUAUUUCUUCUUCACGGUAGACAAACUACAAUGUAAUUAUAAACAAAACAAAGCGUCUUGGUUUAAAGAAAAUGUGCCAUCAAUAUUUUAACGUCCUAAUUAAAAUACCUGCCCAGAAUUCGUUAUGAGCUAACUGACUAUGAUUUUGUUAUUGGAAAUAUUAUUAAAAUAUCGAAAUGUGAUAAAUUAAAUUAUAAUUUCGUUUAAAUCAUGAAACACACAGGAGCCUGGGCGGGUGGUGGCGCGGCGGUCAUUUCUUAGUAGCAAAUAUUCCUAGGCGCGGCGCGACCUAAAAAACAAGCAUCAGUCAAACAAUACCAGAACAAUGAAUGUUCAAAAGCUUGGAAUCUUUGCUAAUUGUGGUAUGUAGCACCAUGACAGUAGGUAAACCUGGUAGAGAUAUAAGUCACCAGUGUGCAAAUAAAGAUUUUAUGAAAUUUAUUGUGGUACAUGCGGACAUGGUAUUACAGAGCAAAAUUCAGACCGGCCAGGUAGUAUCGUGUAAUCUGUGAUGAUUUAAAGGAUUGUACUACUUCAUAAGCUCUCCGGCUCCUUUGUAAUUCAUGCUUAAUAAUUAUCGAUGUCUUAUUUCGUAAAGUUAUAUUUAAAUUCUUGGAUACAUAAUAAGAGUUCAAUACCGUUGACGUUGAGUUGAGCUGAGUUGACAUCAUAAGUUGACGUUGAGUUGAGCUGAGUUGAUUUAUAUGUGUAUGUAAACCACACUAGAUUCGAGAACUCACGCACUUAAUGAUCCGAUGUUUCAACUUUAGCGGGAUUUUUAAAUAUAUUUAAAUGCACCUACAUUUCUAUAUGCAUUUAUUUAUUUUAUUUUAGAGUUUAUUUAUAUUCAAUGAUGUGCUUGAUAUUGAGUGCAAUAAUAAUAUAUUUGUCGAACUAUAUCACAGCUGUGCUGUGAAUGAACUUCACGAAUUGUAUAAAUUCUUAUCCAAUAUUUUAUUUUUAUUGCUUAGCACAUAAAGUUCAGUUAAGCGUGAUUUGAAACGGCUUAUUUUAUGGCAUUGCAUUUAUCGAAGAAACAUCAAGUAUUAAAACCAGUGUUCAGAUAGUAUGCAGACAGAAAUAAAUAAGGCUGUCUUUACACAAAAAAUGAUUUAGGUGCGAGAGAAAGCAAAGCAAAGCUAUGAGUCCUUGACUACUAAGUUUUAUCAAUGAGUUCAAGAUGCAUCUGGCGAAUAUGUUUUAUAAAUAUUACUAUGAACUCUCACCGUGGAACCCAAUGCACAGUGUAGGUUCCGCGAAAGAUGAUCAGAUAUUAUGGUUGAUGUAAUUCAUACCAUACUUUAGAAAAGGUGCUUAACAGUAUGCGAUGCAUAUUGGUAUCUUCAAUAGGGUUACCGAACAAUGAUAUUAACUUACAAAGAUGCAUAUUAACGUACAAAGUGUUUUCGAAGCACAAUGAAUCGAUGGUAAAUCGUACAUACUUCAUACAUGCGUAAAAGAUGAUGAUUGUUGAUUGUCGUCAAACGCUGGCCUAUCGUUAAUAAAAAAAAAAAAAAAAGCAAUGCAUACCUUAAUUUUAUUUUAAAUUCGUUAUGUUUUAAUAUUUUUGCAGUCUCUUUCUUGCCUACGACCAUGUGUACGCCACUGAUUGUAAGGUAGACAAGCAAUGAGGCUUUUAAUUAUACGUACAAAUAACACUGCCUUUAGUUGAUGAGCAAUAUCGUGGUAAGAGUGUAUUUUUGGGUUAAACUAGAAUUCCUGAUGAUCUAUGUGAUCUCUGUACAGCUGUUUUGUUCGUUUCGGAUAGUUGGUAUAUACAUAUAUAUAACUGUAAGGUACUUACUGAAUAUGACCAAUGAAAUGUUGUGAUCUCAUGUGUGUAUGUGUUGAAAAAUGGGUUAGGAGCCAUCUACUAAUAUAUACUAGGCAAGGCUAAAUCGAUCCAUUGGUAUGGGCCAUCAGAAUAUACGUAGAGCUGUGUACUAGUGGACGAUUGUAGCAUAGAAACAAACAGAACGGAAUUGUAUUUCGGCCUGCAUCUAGGUAUAUCUAGGGCGCCAUAAUCGCCCUAAAUGUCUCUUUGACUAAAGCGCCUAAGCAUUCUUUGAAUGUAUUGUAUCCAAUAAUUAUUUGAUUUCAGCACGAUUUUUAAAUGAAUUUUGAACGCUUGCGUUACUAUGCCUUAUCUUUGCGAGAGGUAAUCCUAUCGCGUCUAGAAAAUUCCGUGAAAAAUUAUGGAGAACACCUUCAUAGCUCGAUUUAUUAAACGUAUUUCCAGUAAUGGCUCUAAUCUCUACCUAAAAUUAAUUUAUGAUGAGAGGUUUUCCAAACGUUUGAUGUAAUUAAUGGAUGGAAUAUAAAGUUUUGCUUAAAAUUGCCGGUACAAUUAAAAAAGAGAAAUGUAUUGAUGUUGUGCUAUAUGAAAUAUAGCGAUUUGAAACACAAGAUUUAUGGCAUUUAUUUGUAUUGAUUGGUUGUUUUAAUAUAUAAUUAACUUUAAAAAAUUUAUACACAUAUCGAUUGAAAUUCGAUUUGAUUUAAGCGAAAUUUUGCGCGAUAUAACCUUUAUACGUACAUGUUGAGAAUCUACAUAUGUUCCUGCAUCAGCUGAGUCCAUGGAAGAUGCCUAGCAGCUCUCACAAUUGUUCGCAAAUAUCGCUUAAACCUAAGUCGGCCCUUCGAUAUAAAAGUUUGUGUAUUGCGACUUAAAUAGCUGUUACAAACAUCCAUAGUUUAGAUUAUGCUAUUAAUAUUUGAACACUAAAUUCAUUCAUGAGAUUUAAUAGUAUUUAGGCUACAACUUUAUUAGCUACGUUGUAAAUAAUAGAUCGCUGCGUUUCUUUGAUAGUGGCAUAACUAAGGUGUUAUAUUAUGUAUUCAAAAUAUUUUACAGGCUGUAAACAAGAAACGCGUGUUGGCCCAGUGGGUAACGUUUCGACUCCCCGGGGGGGGCUACCCAAUACGACCCCAGGCACCUCUAAUUUUUCGAAAUUAUGUGCGUUUUAAACAAUGGUAUAUCACUUGCUUCAACGGUGAUGGAAAACAUUGGGAAGUAUGCCUGUGUAUUCUCCAUAAAGUUCCCAAGGACAUGGGUCCACCCGCAAUUGGCCAGCGUGGUGGACUGCGGCCUAAAUCCUUCGCAUUCUGAGGACAACCGGACCCUGUAGUGGGAAGAUAAAGGGUUCAUGAUGAUGAAAGUAAUAAAAAGCCGAGUUGGGUUGGUAUUAACCUGUACUCAUUAUUUCGCAAACGAUUUGAUACAUUCAGUUGAUCUAUAACAUUUCACUUGAGCCACUGUCAAAGCAAAGUAGCGAAAUAUCCCGAUUGUUUUAUUAGGCAGUUUAAAUACAUGAUGUAUUUUAACGAAGGCUAAGAGCUUAAACUAGUGACCGCGUCAGUCUAAAUAAUAUCAUACAUGUCGUGGGAGCUCAACUCUAAAAUUCGUAGUUCUUUCAGCUUUCUUAAUGACUAUGACAGGAACCGACGCUUGCUCCAGAGCGCGGAGGAAAUAUAAAAGCCAAGAAUGUAAUUUCAAAGUCAUGAAUCCCUUCCUAGUUGGAUAAUGUUGCUUAUACCUACCUACAGCGCAAACGAUUGAUUUGCGUUGUCGCAAAUCUACACUGAAUUGAGCUGAGUUCUGAAAACGCAAGACACAAUUUGCACGCCAUUGCGAUCAUAGUUUGGAUGCCGUGGUUGGGCUAUCGCUUUUUUUGAAAUAAUAAGUGACGAUUAAUAUGUAAAUGAUGCUAAUUAAUGUACACAAAUGUCUAAACCAAAAUUAAUGGGCUUGAAAAUCCUUAUCUCAAUGGCCCUUUUCCAUAGCAUAUUUUUUAAGACAACGAAAUUUUGUUCCCUAGCAAGCUUGUAAUAAUUUCGUUAUAAACCAAACAUCAAGCUAUCAAUAAAGUAAUUUUAAUUGUUUUCAUAAUAUUAUAUUCUCAAAGUGAAAAGUAAAAAAAUUACAAUCAAACAAAGUGUUAAAAUAAAAUAUUUAUGAUAGGCGACUUGGGAUUGAUUUUAACACGUUUAACUGCUCGCGGCUUUAUAUCCUGUUCAACUUAUUUAAAGCCACAUUUCCUUUUAUUCAUUGGCAAAUUUUGUCUUCUGUCCGCGAUUGAAAAAUCUAACCGCAAUGAUGUAUUCAGAUGCUGUGUACCUAAUACUUGAAUGUAAUGAGACUAAAAUAAUGUUUUUCCAAUAACUGCAAUAUUGUAGACUGCCCAAAGCCACUGUUAGUUGGAGCGGUAAAAAACAACCGCAUACUACUGGUCUAUAUAUCGAUAACUGUUUGAAAAUGAUAUCCCUUGUGUAGAGAAAGGUUUACAGCGGUAUUUGCACAGUUUUCCGUAACUAAGAAAGGUUUUAGGGCGGUAUAAUUGAAAGUAUACUAACAUAUUAUGUACCGUUAAAUUUAUGUUUAUAAUACCUACCUCUGUGUAAAGCAGUAUGCGUUUUCAGUUGUAGUUUCAUAAGAGGGAGGUCCCGCAUACCGGUUUCCACCAUCAACCAAAUUAAAAUAAUUCAAGGCAAAGCCAAACUAACGCUUCUGCGGUUGCGUGCAAAAUGGCUCCUUACUAGCGACACAUCACAAGACAUGCUUACAUUUGUCGCGUGUAUUGAUUGGUUUGGCCGUAGCUUAAGUUUUAAAAUUGGGUUUAUUCUCAACUUUAUUAUGAGGUUUCCACGGCCGUAAUCGUAGCCAUUUUCGGGUAUCGAAACCCUGUUGCGUCAAAGCAAAGUUCACCUUUUUCAAGCAAGCAGUUCUUUCUAAGUCUAUUUUACAAUUAAUAUACUGAGAAUGGUGGAAUGGUUAUAGAGUAAAUUAGGAUGAUUUUACUCUCACGUUAUAGAGUUUUGAUGCUUAAAAGACGAAAGAUUCCGAGCGUGCAAAUCUUAUACCUACUUUUGAUAUUGGUGGUGCCUUUGACCUUGAUUAUUUACUGGCUCAGCUGUAUACCAAGAGAAGCAACCGAUGAGGAUGUAUGUAUGGGUUUAGUGAACUGCCCUUUCCAGAUUAGUAUACCUUAGACUAUAUCAUCACCUGAUGACGGUCAAUUGCUAAAUUGUGUUCAAAAUAAAAGUUUGUUAGUCUGUGACUUAGACUACGGAGAAAGUGAUUUAUAGAAUGUACUAAUUUUUGUAAAAAUGGAUAUUGCCUAAUAAAUGUGAUCGAAAUAAUACA